CUUCAGUUUAUUUUUCAUCCGGAAUGAGGUUCUUGGAUGUCUUUCGGCCCGCUAUGAGGCUCCUGCCGGAGACUACCACUCCCGACAGGAGAAUUCCCUUCAACGAAAGAAUGGUAUGGACUGCUACUUGCCUAUUCAUGUUCAUGGUGUUGGGGGAAAUUCGGUUGUACGGGGUCGAGAAAGGAUCCACUGUUGACCCCUUCUACUGGCUGAGAACGUUGAUGGGCAGCCAACAGGGUACACUGAGGGAGCUGGGUGUGGCUCCUAUACUAACCGCCGGUAUGCUGAUGCAGUUCCUUUACGGUUCUAGGCUCAUCUCAGCGGAUCUCAGCCGGAAAGAGGACCGCGCCCUGUUCCAAGGCGCUCAGAAGGUCAUUGUGGUCCUCGUUGCAUUGGUUCAAGCUUCCCUCCUUGUCGUCGCCGGUGCCUUUGGACCUACUUCGGUCAUCGGCAGCCUCAAGGCCCUCUUCCUAGUUGCCCAGAUGGUGACCUCAAGCAUCGCUGUGAUGACUAUGGAUGAGCUCCUCCAGAAGGGAUACGGCUUCGGUGCCACUGGCAUUAACACAUUCAUCGCCAUGAGUGUAUGCGAACAGAUCUUGUCGAGCGGUCUGUCGUUCAAGACCAUCGAUGUUGGUCGUGGCCCUGAGAAGGAAGGUGCUUUGCUGGCCUUGUUCCAGCUCACCUUCCGAGACGGUGUCAGUGGUCUCAAAGAGGCCAUGUUCCGUACUGGUGCGGGAGGCAAUAUCAUCACCCUCUUGGCGACAGUGUUCAUCUUCGUCUUGGUCAACUAUUUCCAGGUGUUCCGAGUGGAGCUCCCUGUGAAGCACGUCAAAGCAAGGUCCCAUGCCGGUAUGUAUCCCAUUAAGCUCUUCUAUACCGGGGGUAUGCCCAUCAUCAUCUACGCCGCCUUCAUGGCCAAUGCCUAUCUGAUAUCCCAGGUUCUUUAUUCUAUAUUCCCUGAGAUGAAGGUCAUCGGAAUCCUGGGUAGAUGGGAGUACAGUGAGUUUACUGGCCUUGCUCGACCGACUGCCGGACUGGCUUACUACCUCUCCCCUCCCCAAUCUACCGUAUCGAUAUUCACCGACCCCGUCAACCUGAUAGUAUUCGCCUGCUCUGUACCGAUCGCGUGCGGUAUCGCUUCAAGAAUGUGGCUCAACGUAUCAGGGACUGCUGCUAGGGACAUCGCUCGUCAACUUAAGGACCAGCAGAUGACCAUGCGCGGUUACAGAGAUUCCACUGUCAUUUCAGUACUCGACAAAUACAUAACUCCUUGUGCUGUCGUGGGAGGUGUUGUAGUCGGGGCGAUCGCAGUGACUGGCGAGAUCCUGGGAGCUGUUGGCAGCGGUGCAGGUAUAGUCCUGGCCGUUACCACGAUCUACCAGAAUUUCGAGACAAUGUACAAAGAAGGCGGUAUUCCUCCCGAACUGGCUGCUGCCCUCUUCUAAAUAGUCGUAGGCAGCUGCGGUGGUGUUCACAGAUCAAUGCUAUACUACCUAAACGACAUUCUUGUCGUUAACUAGCAGUAGCGCUGUUUGGCUGAUAGGCUUCGUUGAUUAGUGCCGACCAUUUACCAUAAACUGCGGGAA